AUCUGUUGUCACUACGACGCUGUAAUUGGGCUGUGCUACUACCGAGUGGUUUCCUGCGUUUAAACCUCGCAAUUCCAGGUUCUGAAUCCCUCGAAUCUCAUGGCUCCCGUCGCACCCAAAUCUGGGGAUGCAAUUUUCGCCAGCGUCGAUCGAGUGGCAAGUAUACUCGGUCCUUGGUUAUUCUUUUCGAAUGCGGAGCUGUUUACCCUAACAUAUGGUGCCGUUGUUCGUCAGCUGCUCAGCGAUCUGGAGGAGGUGGAGGAGGUCAACAAGCAGCUAGAUCAAAUGGGUUACAAUAUUGGGGUUCGGCUGGUUGAUGAAUUUCUGGCUAAAUCUAAUAUUUCUCGAUGUGUAGAUUUCAGAGAAACUGCUGAAGUUAUAGCCAAGGUUGGAUUCAAAAUGUUUCUUGGUGUCACUGCAUCUGUGUCUAACUGGGAUGCAGAGGGGACAACCUGCAGCAUUAUUUUGGAGGAUAAUCCAUUGGUUGAUUUUGUUGAGCUUCCUGAUACUUGUCAAGGACUGUACUAUUGCAAUAUUUUAAGUGGAGUUAUAAGAGGAGCUCUUGAAAUGGUAUCAAUGAAAACUGAGGUUACAUGGCUGCGCGAUAUGCUUCGAGGAGAUGAUGUGUUCGAAUUGCAGGUUAAACUGUUGAAGCAAGUUCCUGAGGAGUACCCAUACAAAGAUGAUGAGUAAAAUUGGUUGGUUUUAUUAUAUUGAGUGCACAUAAUAUAUAUGGUGUUUCAGAUUUAUGUACUUGUCUUGCCUGGGGUAAUUCCUUUUUGCCUAUACCAUGCAUGAUUUUAGUAGUUUGCAGAUACUGAUUUAUUUAGCAGUUAGAAUACUUCGCUGUUUUGUUUGUGUUGCAAGAUCUGUUUCAUAUGGAAGCACCUGAACUGUUUAACUUGGA